AUGGUCAAACUAUUGACAUGUGGACUCACAAUUCUCCUAGUUGCUGGCGGUGCAGCAGAAUCGGAGAGAGAGAAUGUGAUAUCCCACCAACUUUGUGCUAGUAAACAUGUAAACAUCAUACGCAACCUUGAAGGUGAUUAUCCUCCCUGUGGGUUGAUUGGACUUGGUGACUACCGCGGUGCUAUCGUGGAUGAUUACGGCCUUGAAACGGUUCAAGAAUACAUGUACUACAUCAGGGCGAACACUGAGCAAUCCAUGGGCCCCGGUGGCAGGCACGGUUCCGAGCCUGGUGAAAAUAGUGUACUCCCAGUCACUGGGAUAAUUGUGCUCUGGUUCAGGACCAUCGGCAUCCUUGUCUUCAUCUUCCUUGUCUUCAUCUUCCUUGUCUUCAUCAUCCUCUUCUUCUUCUCCAUCACCAACUUUGGUGCCAUCUUCCACAAAAUCAAUAUCGAAGUCCUGCGAUGA